GUUGUCACCGCUAGCCAGCACAUCUCCUAAGAGGGUGACCGUCAACGCGUUAACUGGGAAGCUCAUCAGCUCGAACGUAACAUGAUCCAUACCUGCACCAAUGAUGGAUCUUCAAGCGUUAAACAAUGAUAGCCUUUCUGCAAUCGUUGCGUAUCUCAACUGCAGUGACGCCCUUCGGUUCUCAGUGGUGGCUCGUUCAUUCCACGCUAUCGCGAAGUAUCAUGCACUGCACUAUGUGACCCUCUCCAGUUACGGCGCACUCGUCAAGUUUUGCCGGCUCAUGCUCAGCAGCAUGAGCCAUCGUUUGGCAUCAAUCUUCGCCAUCGAAGCCAAACUAUGGAUCGAUAACGAGGCAGAGAUGGCCGACAGCAGUUGGCUUGGUCCGCCACCUGUCCCUGUGAAGGAAUAUCGAGCAACCGGCGCACUCUUCGCGGAUGUGCUCGAGAGGGCGAACAACCUAAGGACGUUGACACUCAACCGAGCCGAGGUUUGGAUGGACUACGAACCUCGUAUAGCUUAUGCGGUCAUCGCCCUGCGCAACCUCGACGAACUCAUCUUGCGAGAUGUUGGGCCUACAGUCUCGCGCGUCAUACACAGGAUGCAGUCCACGCCUAUGAAGCUCGGUAUACCAGAAGUAGAUGGCAGUUUGUUCUUUGUGCACACCAGUUUCCCGUUGGAUGACCACCUCCGCCUACCCUUUGUGUCCCACCUCAUUGUGUACGGCAAUAUGGCCUUGCCGUCUGUCGCUGACCUGGUGCGGGUGUUCCCUAAUGUGCGUACGCUGGACUUGGGGAGCGGCUGGGUCAAGGAACCACCAGUCUUGGGGAUGGAGAUCAACUGGCCGAAGCUGGAGCAUCUCGAAGGCAGGCCCGAGGUCCUGACGAAGUGGCGGAACGUAACCCCAGUACAUUCCGUACGCCUGACGAUCGACUUCGACAUGAGCUACCACGACAAUCCAAAGAUUCUUGACGGAGUGCGCAAUGCACAGCCGGUGGUUUUGGCAAUAUCGUUCGGCUCCUCUGCCGACGCAACAUAUUGGAGCGAUCUUGCAUCUGUCUCCCGCAGGCUGCGAUACCUGAGCUUGGACGCGUAUGGUAUGCGAUAUUCGAAACAUUGGCAAAAAGACCUCAAGACGUCAAUCGCGGCUAUUGUUCCCAUUCUUGCCAGUGCAGAUAUCGUCUGCCUGAAGAUCCUAUGCUGCCCUCCCGAGCAUAAGGCAGCAGACAUGCAGAACAUUGCGGCCAUCGAUCUCGCGGAGUACGAGACCUGUGAAGCUAUCCGCACGGAUCUGCCGCAUGCGGCGGCCUCAAUUCCUAGCCUCCGGUACCUGUCGCUUGACGUGUACGCCUGCAUCGGGGAGCCAAGACACGGGACAGUCGAGCAUCCCCUCGAUGGAAGAACCUACUGGUGGCAAUAUGAUGGUCCAGGUACUGAGAAGGUUGCGCGGACCAUCGACCCAGCGCGAGGAGAGCGUAUCGCUGCGUAUUUGCAUUCUCCCGCGUACGACUGCAGAAGGAAUUUGAAGAUGCCGUGGUCGCUUGAUACGGAGACGAUGAGGACGUCGAGACGCAACGAGGGUUAGAGCAUUGAGAAUGGUGUUGACCUUGUCUCGACCUUGCGAGGAAAUUGGAGUUGCAAUUGGCUGAGGCUGGCGUCUCAACAUGCAUGAACGUACUGGUCUCUGACCUCAAACUGUGUAACGGGGAUUCCUCAGUAGUGCAACAACUAUGAUUGCGAGACGAUGACGCCAAAAUGUGCAUCAACGUACGAAAGCUUCUGCUAUGUUCGUUAAAACAUAGCAUACCGUGGAAACAGGCUCCUUUAGCUGAUGGGGCACAUU